UUGUCCGCCCCGAGUAUGACGCGCCUGCUCCUACGGAAGGCAGCGAUUGGCGGGGAGAAGCCAAUAGGAGAAGGUGUUGCUUCAAGCUUAGUGAGGUCUACGGCCAGGAGGAGAGGACUGAGGAUGAACUUUGUGCUGCGUACCCUUGGCCAGUGCCGGGGCCUCGCGGGGUCCUGGGGUGGGAUCGCCCCUCAUGCUGCUCCCAGACCGUUCCUACCAUGGCUGCCCCAGCUCAGGACUAUCAGCCUCCUCACUCGAAUCUCUGCUGAUCCCUGUGGCAGCUUCCAUGUGGCACAGCCUAGGUCCCUGGCUCCUUGGGGCUAUCAACAGGUGCGCUCUAAGGCCCGGGGCAACGAAUACCAGCCCAGCAACAUCAAGCGGAAGCGGAAACAUGGUUGGAUUCGGAGACUCAGCACUCCUGGUGGAAUUAAGGUGAUCUUGCGGCGGAUGCUGAAGGGUCGGAAGUCCUUGAGCCACUGAGGCCUAAGCAGGCUCUCCCCGGGAGCCAGAAUGAGCAGCGCCCAAGGACUGCAUUAGCCAGACGAGAUGGACAGGGACACCUCUAAGACAAAGCUUGAGCUCCUGACUGCCAGCCAGGACGAUGGCUACCCUUACUUGGUAUGUUAAUACCAUGGGACUUUUUCAGCAAAAUCUUUGAGUUUAGAAGACUGAAAUUCUUCCUGUGAUGUCAGAGAAUUGACUAAAUGCAGAACUAUUAAAGCAGUUAAACCCUG